GCAUGUGGUGGGUGAGGGAUCAUUGGCAUUGGAAAGACAUGAAGAAGAAAAAUUAUGCUUUAUAGAAAGUGUACUCAGUUUCACUAAUUAGUAACUGAUGCUUCCUGAUUCUUUUUUCAGUUCGAGUUUUGUUAACAUUCCUUUCAUCCUUAUCUAGUUCUUUGAGGAUGGAUGUACACGUUUGCCUUCUUUGUGGAGGAUUUAUUCUAAAUCAUAUAAUAUGGCAUUCAGCUCCAAAAUACAAAAUGUCUUUAGCUUAAGUGGCACCCCAAAAAACCUUGGUAUAUUCAAAAUAAUCCCGCAUACGUUAGGGGUUCCCCCCCCUUUGGUCAUUUAUGAAAAUUCUAGUGAAUUAUAAAGAGAGAUUAUAUUUCCUCAUUUAAUUUUGGCACUUUUUUGGGUUUUACACCAAAAUAAUCAGAUCUUUCUGAUUUAAAUAUCGUGAGCGCUAGACAGUAAUGUUACUGGAACCAUGUUCUUCAAAGCUCUAUCCUAGGUGCUGGAAAAAGUAGGGCCAUGUUGCCAUUUUUAAUAUCUUGCAACAGAUUUGAUAAGGUUUUUCCAAGUGUUGCUACAAACAUUCCAUUUUGUAAGGAGUUUAUUGUAACUGAUCACAGCUUUCAAAGGUACAAUAUGAAAAGAUAGGCAUGGGACACAUAGUAUUUCUAAUCUGCAAUCCCUCCCCUACUCUCCUUUUCCCAUGCAAAACUCAUGUGGCUUUUUUUUUUUUUUUUUGGUCUGUGUUGGGUCUUCGUUGCUGCGUGCGGGCUUUUCUCUAGUUGCAGCGAGCGGGGGCUACUCUUCGUUGCAGUGCACGGGCUCUAGGCGUGCAGGCUUCAGUAGUUGUGGCACACGGGCUUCAGUAGUUGCGGUCUCUAGAGCGCAGGCUCAGUAUUUGUGGCGCAGGCUCAGUAUUUGUGGUGCAGGCUCAGUAUUUGUGGCGCGCGGGCUUAGUUGCUCUGUGGCACGUGGGAUCUUCCCAGACCAGGGCUCGAACCCGUGUCCCCUGCAUUGGCAGGCGGAUUCUUAACCACUGUGCCACCAGGCAAGUCCCUCUUGUGGCUUUUUUUUAAUGGGAGUUUAUAAAACAAAAAUCCAAUAAUGCAGUUGGACCUUGAUAAAUACAAAAAUGAAACAAUUAACAUUGAAAAGUCAGUUCUUGAUGUUUGAACUGUGAGGUACUGUCCUAUUAGCAGGUGCGUUAACUCAAUCAUAGAAAUUAUUUGCUUGGAUUGGGAUAUUAUUAACAAAUCUAGACAUAAAGUAACUGUAUCUUUAAGAAACCUGUAUUAACACUUAAACUUUUCAGAGUCAGGAUUAGGAAUAAGUUAAUGUGGGUGUGUAAGAACCCCCAGCCCUUCCUCCUAUGAGUCCCACACGACUGCCACACUCAACACUUCUGACACAUCUGGUCACCAACCGUGUGGGGUUUUUUCCCCACACCAAGCAGUUGUCCACCACGCCAGCUGGGUGUCCUACAGUUUGACUCAAUUCCGACACUGUCUACCUGGAGAGAGCGCCAGGUCCAACAGGUUAAGGGCUCAGUCCCACAAGACUGCUGCUUCCCCCUUCAGACGCCAAUUGUGGGUCCAGGUUGUCACCUGUGCGUCUGACCAACUGGCUAUAGGUCAGAGGUUCCAUGAUGUCCUCUUUGGGUUCCAUUGAUUUGCUAGAGUGACUCACAGCACUCAGAGAAACAUGUUUACCAGUUUAUUAAAGGAUAUGGUGAAGGACACGCAUGAGCAGCCAGAUGAAGAGGUACACAGGGUGAGGCCCGGGGGGCCCUGAGUGCAGGAGCGUCUGUCCCUGUGAAUCUGGGGUGCGUCACCCUCCGUGUCUGGUUGUGCUCACCCCCCUGGAAGCUCCGAACCCCGUAUUAUUGGGAUUUUACGGGGCCUUCAUCGCAUGGGCCUGAGCCAUCAUUAACUCCAUUUUUAGUCCUUUUCGCCGAAGAGAAAGGGGGGGUGGGGCUGAAAUUUCCAAGCUUCUAAUCUUGGCUUGGUCUUCCGGGUGACAGCCCCAUCCAGGAGCCCACCCAGAGUUGCCGCUCUAGAACAAAAGACGCUCCUGUCACCCAGGAAAUUGCACAGGUUUCAUUCAGGAGCCCUGUGUCAGGACCUGAGGGCAGAGACCAACAUGUCUCUUCUGUUCUCUCAUCACAGGUCAAUGAGCAUUUAUGAAGCGUCCUUACACCUGCAGAAUUUCAAACCUGUAUGUUGCCUUUCUGUUGCUUAGGCUCCAAGUCAGACAUUGAACAGAAGGGAACUGCGCCUCUGGGGUCGUUCUCCCCCGCAGCCCUGCACCUCCCUGCUCACGCCUUACAGCUUGUCUGCAGGUGAUGGAAGCAGAGAGGAUUGGGUUGUUCACAGAUGGGCCUCUCCGCAGUGCCGUUUCCUGCUUCAGGGCUUCCUGCGUCCAGUACCGGUUAGUGGUCCGGGAUGCCAACACCCUCCAGAUCUGCCAGCUGUACACGUGCGUGGACCAGAUCCAGCACAUCGAGUGGUCGGCCGACUCGCUCUUCAUCCUGUGUGCCCUCUACAAGCGGGGGCUGGUGCAGGUGUGGUCUUUGGAGCAGCCAGAGUGGCACUGCAAAAUAGACGAGGGUUCGGCAGGGCUGGUGGCUUCCUGCUGGAGCCCCGAUGGGCGCCACAUCCUCAACACGACGGAAUUCCACCUGCGGAUAACUGUCUGGUCCUUGUGCACAAAGUCCGUGUCCUACAUCAAGUACCCUAAGGCUUGUCAGCAGGGUGAGUCGGCCAGAGGAAUAACCUUUACCAGGGACGGCCGCUACCUGGCGCUGGCUGAGAGACGGGACUGCAAAGACUACGUGAGCAUCUUGGUCUGCAGCGACUGGCAGCUUCUGCGGCACUUUGACACGGACACGCAGGACCUGGCCGGGAUCGAGUGGGCCCCCAACGGCUGCGUGCUGGCCGCCUGGGACUCCUGCCUGGAGUACAAGAUCCUGCUCUACUCCCUGGACGGCCGGCUGCUGUCUGCGUUCUGUGCUUACGAGUGGUCCCUGGGCAUCAAGUCCGUGGCCUGGAGCCCCAGCAGUCAGUUCCUGGCAGUCGGGAGCUACGACGGAAAGGUGCGAAUUCUUAACCACGUGACGUGGAAAAUGAUCACAGAAUUCGGGCAUCCCGCGACCAUUAAUAAUCCCAAAAUAGUGGUGUACAAGGAGGCUGAGAAGAGCCCGCCACUGGUGCUGGGCCGCCUGGCCUUCCCUCCGCCCAGAGCAGCGGCUGGACCCCUGUCCUCCACGGAGAGCGAAUCGUGUCAGAGGAGCCACUGGGACGGCCACCAGGCCCUGCAGUGGUGCCUGGCCCGUCGCAGCUCCAGAAACACGGCCUCGCAGGGGAGGGCGCGAGGACAGGCCUUGUGCGCCGCGGCCAGGUUCCCACCGAGCCCUGUUUUCCACGAGGUUGCCUCGGUGCCGGUCUCCUUACAGACGCUGAAGCCUGCCGCCGACAGAGCCAACCCCAGGAUCGGCAUCGGGGCGCUGGCCUUCAGUCCCGACAACUGCUUCCUGGCGACGAGGAGUGACAGCGUCCCCACCGCCGUCUGGAUCUGGGACAUCCAGAAGCUGAGGCUGCUCGCGGUGCUGGAGCAGCUGUCCGCCGUGCGCUGCUUCCAGUGGGACCCGCGGCAGGCCCGGCUGGCCAUCUGCACGGGGGGCGGCAAGGUGUACCUGUGGUCACCGGCGGGCUGCGUGUCGGUGCAGGUACCCGGGGAAGGUGACUUCCAGGUGCUCUCCGUGUGCUGGCACCUGAGCGGGGACUCCCUGGCCCUCCUCAGCAAGGACCACUUCUGCCUGUGCUUCCUGGAGACGGAGCAGGGGGUCGGCACAGCCUUCGGGCAGAGGGGUGACCACACGUAGGACCCGUGCACGAUCAGGCCCACGUGGCUCGAGGUGGGAGACCUUGGCUUGUGUUGGCCGUGGGAAAGGAGCAGAGCUUCUUGGUGCUGCGUCUCCCACUGGGGUGGCCCGGAGGAAGCGUUGUGCUUCUGUUUUUCUAUAGCAAGCCAUUUUUGUUAAUACGUAUGGUAUAAAACUAAUUUUUGUUACUUAAAAUAAAUAUUUGCUAAUUCAUAAAA